GGGGUUGACGCGUGGGCGCAGUCGCAGAAGGGUCAGCGGCCUUCGGGGCGGGCGGGGCGGGUGCUGUGGUGAACCGGAGGAGGUGUGGGGACUGGUUUAUGCUGAUCUGGAAGGACACAGGCUGAGAAGGGAUACCCCUGAAGAUCGUGAUCGGCGGACCUGGGAAAUUGGUUUCUCCAGAUUCCCCAGCACCAGGACCAGGGGGCAACCGCUGGAGCUGGAGGGUCGCAGGAGCAAAGCCAACUGAAGGACACGCUUCUUCGUUCAGCUGGGGACUGCGAGCCCAAUGUGGGACGGGGACUGUGUCUGAGCCGCAUGUACUGAUGUACCUCAGUGUUCGACACCUAGAACCAUCUUUCAGGUGGCAACAUGGAGAACAAUAAGCACCUCGCUUACUCUAUCAUCCAGUUUCUCCACGACCAGCUCCAGAAUGGCGGGCUCUCUCCUGAUGCACAAGAAAGCUUGGAAGUGGCAAUUCAGUGCCUGGAGACAGCCUUUGGGGUGACGGUGGAAAACAAAGAGCUGGCUAUAACCCAGACCCUCCCUGAAAUAUUUGCCGCAGCUGCAGGAAAGGAGCUGCCCUACAUCCCCUUGAACUCCCAGUCUUCCCCCCCGUCUGACGAAGACACAGCCGAAGCCGAGAGGCUCAAGACUGAAGGAAAUGAACAGAUGAAAGUAGAAAACUUUGAAGCGGCUGUCUCUUUUUAUGCAAAAGCAAUCGAAUUAAAUCCAGCCAACGCCGUGUAUUUUUGCAACAGAGCUGCAGCCUACAGCAAGCUGGGGAACUACGCUGGCGCCGUGAGGGACUGCGAAAGAGCCAUAAGCAUCGAUCCAAACUACAGCAAAGCCUAUGGCCGAAUGGGUUUAGCUCUUUCAAGUUUAAACAAGCACACAGAAGCUGUAGUUUAUUAUAAAAAAGCCCUGGAGUUGGAUCCGGACAACGAAACGUACAAAUCCAACCUAAAAAUUGCCGAGCAGAAGAUGAAAGAGAUACCUAGUCCUACGGGAGGCACCGGAGGCUUCGACUUAGCCGGCUUGCUGAAUAACCCUGGCUUCAUGAGUAUGGCAUCUAACUUAAUGAACAACCCUCAAGUACAACAGCUCAUGUCGGGGAUGAUCUCCGGUGGGCACAAUCCCAUGGGAGCCGCUGGAGCCAACGCUUCCCCAAACGACCUGGCCAGCCUCAUCCAAGCAGGCCAGCAGUUUGCUCAGCAGAUGCAGCAGCAGAACCCAGAGUUAAUAGAACAGCUAAGAAGCCAGAUCAGAAGUCGGACCCCCAGUGCCAGCAAUGACGACCAACAGGAAUAAGAGAGAGAGAGAGAGCAGGAGAACUAGGGACCCUUGAGUCCUUCGCUCUACCGACUGCAAUCCAUGUGAUUUGCCAUUUUUCCCGUUGGAACGUCUAUGAGAGAAAAGAAACAAAAGUUGGACCUGCA